AGGAAAAUGGUGACAUCUGCAUAUUCUAACUGAUGUUACUUGCUGAUCAUCUGCCACCAUUAACGAAAGUUGCAAUACCAUAAAUAUGUCGGUGUAUUAUACUGGCUUAAAUGCCAGUCCACUUUUUUCCAAUCAUGAUGGAAUUGUCACAUCAAUAUCUCAUUUAUCUCAAAUUCCAUUUCCUGAAAUCACAGAUGUUGAGAUUGGUUGGAAUUAUUUUCUACUAUGGCAAAAUACAAAAUUAUAUAUCACUGGUAAAAUCAGUGAGAAAGAUGAUAAAAACAGUCCACGUUUAAUACAAAUUCCAGAAGAGUCAUCAGGAAGCUGUGAAAUGGCUAUUCCUGGUCGAGAUAGUGUAAUUAUUUUAUCCACACAUAAAGAAAUCUGGAAAUAUAAAGUGUAUGAUGACGCUUGGCAAAAAGUAAUACCUUUUAUUCCCAGCAACGACAACAUACAGACUGAAUACGCCAUCAAAUUAUCACAAGCGGGGUGUACAGUAGUUUUAACUAAUUUAGGACGAGUCUUUAAUGCCCCACUUUUAAUUGAAAUGCCAAAAAGAGUCAAAUUUGUUGAUCUUGCUUGUGGUUUUGACCAUACUGUUUUACUAGCAGAAAAUGGUGAUGUUUAUUCCAUGGGUAUGGGAAUACGUGGUCAGUUAGGACAUAAUGAGUUAGAAGAUUGUGAUAAUCCCAAGCUUAUUGAGGCCUUAGCUGGUCUAAAAGUAAUACACAUAUCAGCGGGUGGUUGGCAUUCUGCUGUAGUCACUGAUCAGGGUGAUCUAUAUACUUGGGGAUGGAAUUCAAAUGGAGAAUUAGGAAUUGGAAGCAAAGACAAGAAAGUUUAUGCUGUCCCAACUUUAAUAGAUUUUAAAAAUGACAAAGGAGAAAAUAUCGAAAUUAAUAUUAGAAAAGUCGAAUGCGGGAAUUCCUUUACAGUAUGUUUAACAGAUGAUGGCUUCAUUUGGGGCUGUGGUUCUAACAAGUAUGGUCAGUUAGGAAAACUUGAACAGGAUUUAAAAAAUUCGUAUAAUUUUGUCAAACUAGAUAUCCAAUCAUUAGAUUCUAAAACAGUGAAAAAAUUCAAAUGUCAUGAAUGGGGUACAGCAAUAAUCACGGAAUAACAUUAUUUUAAACAUUAUUUUAAAUUGUUAGAUGUUACAAAAUAAAUAAAAUUUAGAUGUUA